GGCAACACUCAAAUAUCAGACUGGGAAGCAGCAGUGCUCAAGAGGAUCAGAACUGACUCCUGAGUUGACGAAACCUUGCUGAAUCCAUCAAGCAAAAAAAAGGAUUCAAGAUGUUUCGCAAAUCAAAAGUGGCAGAUGGAGCAGCCACUGGCCAAGUGGGUAUCAAGAAAAAAUCUAAGGUCCCUGGAGUGAUGAUUACACAGUUUAUUGAGACACUGCCAGAAGGAAAGAGCCAUCCAGACUUCACCCGCAAGCCAAUUGCUUUGACCAUCCAAGAAGGCAAAUUUGCUUUUUUCAAAGCCAUUGUCAUCGGAGACCCAGCACCAACUGUAACAUGGAGCAGAAAUAAUGGAGAUGUGUCCGAUACAUCAAGAUACCAGACAAAAUAUGAUCCCAAUUCCAAUGAGCAUACAUUUGAGAUGCCAAAUGUUAAGCCAGAUCAAGCAGAUACCUACAAAUGCUUUGCGGUAAAUGAAUUCGGACAAGCUGUGGUCACAGUGGUUCUUAAUGUUAUUGAAGUGGGUUACAAAAAGGCAAAGGCUCAGGCGCAAGCAGUGGAAAAUGGUGAAGAGAAUUUUAAGACUGUGCUGAAGAGGAAAAGUAAGGUCCGUCCCAAAUCUGAGCAACCUGAGAGAAAAGAUGGGGAGAUUGAUCCUAAAUUUUGGGAGCUCUUACUUAGUGCUGACAAGAAAGACUAUGAGCGAAUUUGUGCCGAGUAUGGAGUGACAGACUUUCGCUGGAUGCUUAAGAAACUAAAUGAAAUGAAACAAGAAAGGGAGGAAGAACAAGCUGCGUUUGUCAGAAACCUGUCUAAUCUGAGACCAAUCCAGACCAAUGCAGACGGAACAGCAUCGUUUGAGCUUGACAUGGAUCUUAUCGACCUAAACAGCUCUGUAUACAUAUAUAAGGAUGGUGUAAUGGUUCAAUACUCGAGGGAGGAGGGUGAAAAGAUGAAGCACAGCCUUAAACAAAUAGGAAGAAAGUAUGUUUUCAGUGUGAAAGACCUAAUGCCAGAUGACGCCGGACUGUAUCAGCUGGAUGUAGAAGACGUGAAUAUGUUUUCAACAGAAUUUAAAGUUCCCAUGGUGGAUUUCUUAGUAAAAAUUCAAGAAGUGAAGGCAAAGGAGAGAGAAGAUGCUGUUUUUGAAUGUGUCCUUUCAAAUCCUUUCUCCAAGAUUUUAUGGUUUGGAAAGAAUAUGCCACUGGAACAAGGAGAUAAAUAUGAUAUUGAGGUUUCCGAUGACAAGUUAAUUCACAGGCUGGUGGUAAAAGACUGCAUGGUAGUAGACAAAGGAAUCUAUUCUGCCUGCGCCGGAAUAAAGUCCUGCAAUGCAUGGCUUGUUGUUGAAGCUGAUAAGGAAGCACCCCAGGGUAAGAAAUCAGCAAGGAAAACAACAAGAGCAGGCGGAUCUGGAAUAGACCUGCAGAAGGUUGCCCAAGAGCAACAAGUAAAACUAGAGAAAGAGAGAGAGGAACGAAAAGAACAGAUUAAAAUUGCAAAAGAAGCUGCACCACCUCCACCCCCUCCUGAAACGCCUGCAGCUCCUCCACCUCCUGCACCAAAGGAGGUUGUACCUGAACCCAAGGCAGAGGAACCAGCACCAAUUCCUGAGCCCCCUGUGGAGGUCGUACCCACUGCUAAGGAGGACAGUGUCGCAACACCUGUGGAUACAGGAGGUGAGCCUGUAAUCACCUGUGGACUCUCUGACAUUUAUGCUCUUCGUGGGAAGCCGGCUGAAUUAAUUGUGACGUUGAACAUUGACUGCGACGGCGUCUGGUUCAAAGAUGGUGAACCGUUAUCCCCAGAUUCUGUCAGUAUAACCAAAGAUGGAACCACUCAUAAACUGGCAAUUCGAAGCUGCACAGACGACGACUCAGGAGUUUAUCGUUUUGUCGCAGGGGAGUUAAGCACACAAGGAAAGGUCACUGUUGGAGACGUGCCUGAAUUUGAUCCGGAUGACCUACACAAGUUCUCCAAACCUGUGAUAGUCAGAGUGGGCCAGAACGCUGCUUUCAAGAUGCCCUUUGCCCCUCAGGAGUCUUUGGUGGUCAGUUGGUUUAAGGACGGCACCGAGAUAAAAGACGGAGGAGGAGUUAAAAUCGUGAAGGAACCCAAUCACAGUCGGCUGCUAUUCCGAGACUGUCUGCGGACAGACGCAGGGGAAAUAAAGAUCCAACUCAAAAACCCAUUUGGGGCUGUGGAGGCCACAUCGAAGCUUAUUGUGCUCGACCGGCCAGGUCCACCAGAGGGUCCAGUGGAAACUGUCGAAACUACGUCUUCUGUAAUUGAAAUAAAAUGGAACCCCCCAAAAGAUGAUGGCGGUUCACCUGUGACAAACUACAUCAUAGAACGGCAGCAUGCAAGACAGAGUCUGUGGACAAAACUUGGAGAUGUGACUGCUGACAAAACCUCCUUCAGAGACAGAAAUGUAACUCAUGGAAAGAAAUACAACUACCGCAUCUAUGCAGAAAACCCAGAGGGCAUCAGCGAUCCCCUGGAGACAGCUGAUAGUAUUAUGGCGGGCGUAAUGAUACUCUCUGGCCCACCUGGAGCCCCCACAGUGGUGAGUGCCUCUAAGACCUGUAUUAACUUGACCUGGACCCCUCCUGAGGACGACAGAGGAGUGCCAAUCAUUGGCUACCAAUUGGAGAAACGAAAGAAAGACACAAAUCAGUGGAUCGCCCUGAAUGCAGUUAAUGAACCAAUUGAAGAUGUGAAGUAUGCAUGUAAAGAUGUGACUGAGGGAGCAGAGUAUGAGUUUAGGGUUUCAGCAAUCAAUGAGUCGGGAGCAGGCGAUCCAAGCCCUCCCUCUGCAAUGGUGUGUGCAAAGAAUCCCAACAUGAGACCUUGUUUUAAAGACCCAGAGGACUUCAUUGUUGUCAGAGCGGGAAAUUCCGUGCGUGUCAAAAUUAACUAUGAGGCUGAACCUCCACCAGAGAUCACUUGGCUGAAGGAUGAUGAGCCAAUAUCCCCCUGGAUUAAUGUUAUCAAUUCAGAAGGAAUGUCUCAGCUUGUUAUUCCCUCAUCAAAGCGCUCAGAUUCAGCUGUCUACACCAUCAUAGCCAAAAACUCUGUGGGUCAGGCCUCCUUUGACAUUGAGGUUAGAGUCACAGAUGAACCCAAGAGUCCAGGGCCAGUGGAGCUGGAGCAAACAGUCCAUGGCAGAGUGUUAGUAUCAUGGGCUCCCUCUCCCGACCAAGAACUUGAUGACCGUUUGUAUUACGUGGUGUCUCAGCGCGACUCCAACAACAGACUGUGGAAGACUGUGGCAGACCGCCUCUCCACCACCACAUACACAGCCAAUAACAUUCUUCCUGGGACAGAAUACCAUUUUCGAGUCUAUGCCAAGAACGAUAUGGGCCUCUCAGAUCCCUCUCAGUCACCCACAUGGGGUGUCAACAGCAAUAGAGUUCCAAUUGCAACAAAUGGAGUAAAUUCUGUGGACAUCAACUUUGAGAGGCCUCCGUCCAUCUUGGUCCCUCUGAAAGUUCACACACCACCUAAGGGUUACCAACUCUAUAUGACGUGUGCUGUGCGAGGAUGCCCCACCCCCACCGUCUCCUGGUUCCUCAACGACAUCUGCAUCAACUCUGAUAAAAACUAUUAUAUAACCAACUCAUUUGGUGUGUGCUCCUUAUAUAUUCUCAGAGUCAGACAAAAGGACAGCGGUGAAUAUAAAGUUGUUGCCUUUAACUCUUUGGGCCAAGCAGAAUGCUCCACUAAACUUAUUGUUAGAGAUUAAAGUAACAGCUCUUUUCUUCUUGCUGAGAUUCUCUGGAGAAACGAAUACAAUCUGGAGAAUGAAUGAAGAAGGAUCUUGUUUCCAUGGAGAAUGAGCUGAAAUUGUUUGCUUUUGCUAAAAUCUGCUGGUAAAAUCAUUUUAAAAGGUCUAAACAACACCAUAUUUCUUUGAAAUGCUAUUGAUUGAUGCUAUUGAUUUAGGAAUGUGAACAGCAUGAGGAAAGAGAUGAAUAAAAUGGCAAAUUCAUCUGUCAGUUUUUCUUUUCAGAAAAUCAUUAGGACAAAACUCUUAUGACUGCAAUAAAUCAACAAAUUAAAUGCUGUGUACUCGUCUCUUUAAUCUGUGAAUCUACCAUUACUACAGCUUUUCAUAAAUGUUUGCACACACUUUCUGAAUCUUUAGCUCAUUUUCUCAAAAGUCUAAAACAAAAUGCAAAUCUGUAGAAAAAGUAAACAACUGCUUCAAAUUUGAUUUUAUCGCUCUCCAAAAUGUUUUUCUUUCUCUGCAAUAGAAUGAAAAACAUGCUGUCAUAUGAAUAAAUCUUUCUACCAACCAAAACAUCAACACAUAACACCACUAUGAAUAGCUCAGUGGGUUAU